AUGGCCCACCUAUGGCGGCAGGGCCAGGCGGCGGGCGCGGCGCUCGACAAGCGUCGGCUGCAGCAGCAUGCUGACACGCACCGCCUGCUGCUGCUCGCAUGGUUGCAGGAGCAGGGAGGAUCAGCGUCGGAAGCAGCCGCGGCGAGGUUCGCCCAGGAGGUAGCAGCAUUGCCACUGGAGGAGAGCAGGCACGCGCUCGCACGGAUGAUGCGCGCUCAGAUGCGACAAGCGCUGCAGGCCAUGCAGGCUGUCUUUGAACCCGCCUCUGCGUCUGGCAGUAGUAGUGGUGGCGGCAGCGGGACGGCCCAGGAGUCAGGCCAGGAGCCGAUUGUCAGCGAGCUCAGCUUUGCACUGGGGCAGCCUCUGGAAGGCAGGAAACGGCCCAGCAACACAGCUCAUCCGUCACACCUUUCCCCUGCUGAAGCCUCUUCCGCGUUUCUCCGGGUGAUUUACCCUCGCGAUAUGCACGGGUACCUGCCGGGUUUCCCUCUCGUAGACAGCAAUAACCCGUACCUGCUCGCACGGUUCGAUGGGGUGAUCAUAGACGCGAGGCCGUGGGGUGUUGGAGGGGCAGGCAGGGAGAUGUGGAGUGCGGCACUGGCCCGCGUGCUGGUGGGAGGCGACAGCUGGCGCAACAACCCGGCUCUUCUCACUGCAGCCAUCGCUGCCACUCAAGCGGAGAUCGAGAGGAGGAACCCUCUUGCUCUGGCUCACUUUGCAAAUCACCCGGGCGGUUCUGGGCAAUCGCCCAAUGUGGCGAUUUGCCCUCUGGACAUUCCUUUGGAAGAUGCAGAAUGGAACAGUCUGCGGCCGUAUAUGCCUAAUGUUGUUUUCCGCCUGAGGGAAAAGAGAGCUGAGGAAAAGAGGCGAGGGCGGAGGUCUGCAGGCAGGAGGGGGUCGGAACGUGACUAUGAUGAGUCGAGUAUGGAGAUGGAUGACGAUGAAGACGAGGAGGAGCUGAAAGAGGGGGUGCUGAGGACGGUGGUGCUGGUGGCGACAGAUGUGAUCAAGGAUGGUGAGGAGGUGUUUUUGGACUAUAGAUUGAACCCCAAUGCCAAUCGUCCUGAUUGUCCCAUGGUGCUACCAUCCCAUCCCAUCCCCUCUUCCCGUUCGCUUUUCUUUUCCCCCCCCAACCUCUUUCCCUCACUUGCUGAACCCCACACUAUCCCCAAACCAUCGCCCCCUCCACCCCUGCACAUCCCUCCUCACCCAUCUCUCACCUCCUCUCUUCCUCUCCCCACCUCCUCUCCCUCCUUCCCCCUCCCCUCUCUCCUCGCCCAUCCCCCCAACCCUAAGUCCCAUCUCAUCGCUCCGCUUCUUCUCUUAUGCUCUUUUGGCUCUGCUCGUCGCAGCUUGGCAGGCAUUAGCACGCAACCGCCUCCUAACCCUGUCGCCUCGUUAAAUCUUUUAAUUUCUCGUUCACGUCUUGAGGUCACGGGCAGGGCGCUCGCAGGCAAAUUAUUUUUUCGCGAGACCCCGCGCGAUCGAGCGCGGCGAGCAGAUCCUCCCCGGGAGUGCAGCAAGGACAUGCCUCCCGAAUUACACCGCUUUUCCUCCAUCGCUGGUUCCGUGUCCGCCGCUCGUAAGGUUGUCGACGUGUCCGGACCUGCGGUUGGCGGAGAUAUGACCCCCAAUGCGGAGACUGACGAGUCGCGCAGGAAGAAGAAGCAGAGACAGCAGGAUCAGCAGCUGUUGCAGCAGCAGCAAGGGGAGGAGAACCCGAGCGCUGUGAAGAAGCGAAAGGAGCUUGACGAAGGAAACGAUGACGGCAACGAUUGCAAUGAGGUUAAACACCGUCGCAAGAAGAAGCAGCUCCAGACCCCGCCCAUCAAAAGCCCUAAUAGCGCCCCACCCAAAGCAGCUAAGAGUGCAGUCAAGUCCAAAAGCCCUGCGCUGAAGACAAAGAGCGUGCAGAAGCACCUUCCGCCGUCGACUAAAACCCUAUCCGUCCGACCUAUAGGUUCCCCUUCUGCCGCCCUCGAUGAUUCUCCUACAGCAGCCGAGGCGCAGUCGAAUCCCGGGCUAGUCUCCGUGUCGCGGUCGCUAUCCCCGUCCCCGUCCCCAUCCGUACUCCUCGCGACGCCCUCCGAUGUGCAAAUCGCAUCGCAGUUGCCCGCCAAAACAGUCACGCAAGCCACUGACGUGGCUGGUCAGGGUCCAUCCCCACCCGCUCCCGGAUCCGCCCACGUGGCCCCUCCACGUGGGCGCGCGUCGUUGGAGGUGCACAAGUGUCAGGCGAUCGAUUGGCGGCCGUCGGCGGUAACGGCGCUAGCGGCUAGUUGCGACAGCGCGGUUGUGGCGGCGGCGCGGGAGAACGGGGAUAUCGAGAUCUGGCGAGUCGCGGCUGGCGCCGUCGGAUGGGCUUGCGAACUGCGCAUCCCCGGCCGUCGCGACGCCGCGAUUUCAUCGCUCGUGUGGUGCUCGCCGCCGUCGUACCUGCCGUCGCCUGCGGCCGGCACGCUGCCGGCGGGGCUGGCGGCGCGCGGGCGGCUGUUCUCCGCGAGUCUGGACGGCACGAUCACGGAGUGGAACCUCGCCACUCUCGCGCCACAGUCUGUGGCGGACUCGAUGGGCGGGCCCGUGUGGGCCAUGGCGGUGGAGCCUGCGCGCGAGCCGCUGCGGCAGAGCGCGGGGGGAGGCGCGGGCGGGGGAGCGGAGGGCAAGGCGAAAGGGAAGGAGAAAAAAGCGGCGGACGAGGAGGAGGAGGAUGAGGAGGAGGAGGAGGGCGGAGAGGGCGCGGGGGGCAGUGCGGGGGAGGGGGAGGAGUACGUGGCGGUGGGGUGCGAUGACGGCGCGCUGCGGCUGUUCGUGCCGUCUGACCGGGGCGCGGGCAUGGAGUACCGCAAGUCGUUCCCGCGCGGCCAGGCCAAGAUCCUGUGCGUGGCGUGGGCGUGCUCGGGCGCUCGCCGCGUCUUCACAGGCGGCUCCGACAGCAUGGUGCGGUGCUGGGACGUGGCGGCGGGCAGGGAGCUGUACCGCAUCCCUGUGGCCACGGGCAUGGACAGCAUCCGCAACCUCUGCGUCUGGUCGCUGCUCGCGCUCAGUGACGGCACGUUGGUAACAGGGGAUUCGUCGGGGCACGUGCGCAUGUGGGACGGCGCGCUGGGCACGUACCUGUCGUCCGUGCGCGCGCACAAGGCGGACGUGCUCGCGCUCGCCGCCAUGCCCAACGACCCCCGCCACGUCUUCUCCGCCGGCGCGGACGGCAUGGUGGCGCAGUACCGCUUUGUGGCCAACUCCGCGGCGGGGCUAGAGGCGCGCAGCAAGAGGGGCGCGGGGGGGAGCGCGGGGAAGGGUGUCCCCGCGCAGGGGGCGAGCGCGGACGGCAAGUGGAUGCUUCUAGGGGCGCACAGGUCGCACACAGCAGAUGUCAGGGCUCUAGCGGUGGCGCUGGUGCCAGAGGAAGGGGAGGAGGAGGGGGCGGAGGGGGAGGAAGGGGAGGAAGCGGGGGAGGGUGUGAGGAGAGGGGGAGAGGGCGAGGAGGAAGAGCACGUGGUUCACUGGCGGAAGGUGCUGGGUGAGUUGUUUGGAGUGGAAUGCGGUGUGGUGUGCCAAAGAAUCGCAGCAGCAGCAGCAGCAGCAGCAGCAGCAGCAGCAGCAGCAGCAGCAGCAGCAGCAGCAGCAGCAGCAGCAGCAGCAGCAGCAGCAGCAGCAGCAGCAGCAGCAGCAGCAGCAGCAGCAGCAGCAGCAGCAGCAGCAGCAGCAGCAGCAGCAGCAGCAGCAGCAGCAGCAGCAGCAGCAGCAGCAGCAGCAGCAGCAGCAGCAGCAGCAGCAGCAGCAGCAGCAGCAGCAGCAGCAGCAGCAGCAGCAGCAGCAGCAGCAGCAGCAGCAGCAGCAGCAGCAGCAGCAGCAGCAGCAGCAGCAGCAGCAGCAGCAGCAGCAGCAGCAGCAGCAGCAGCAGCAGCAGCAGCAGCAGCAGCAGCAGCAGCAGCAGCAGCAGCAGCAGCAGCAGCAGCAGCAGCAGCAGCAGCAGCAGCAGCAGCAGCAGCAGCAGCAGCAGCAGCAGCAGCAGCAGCAGCAGCAGCAGCAACAACAACAGCGGCAGGUGCAAGUGCCCCCGAGCCUUCAAGGCGGGGAGCAAGGGGGGUUGUUGAGCGAGGAGCAGCGGCGCAGCAAGCACAAGCAGCACGCGCAGGAGCUGCAAUCCAGGGCCAAGAAGGCCGCACAGGAGGCCGAGGGCAGGCGUAUGCUCGCAGAUAUCCGUUGGCAGGAGGUAGCAGUGUAUGGCGCCAUGGGCCGAACGGGGUUCCAGGCUCAGGGGCAGCUGCUGGGAAGCGUUCUGGAGCAGCAGCAGCAGCAGUGGUGGGGGCGGCGGUGUGGAGGAUAGAGAGGGUAAAGGGGCCCUCCCUGGGCCCGGCUGUGUGCGUGGCGUUUGCUGCUGAUGGCAGGUCGCUUCUGGCUGCUGCUCCCACGGGCGAGAUCGUGGUAAGGCGAGAGGUGUGGGGAAGGGGGUUGUGUGGGUUAUGGGAUGUUUCAAAUUGA